AUGUCCAAGCGACCUCUCCCAUCAUUGACUUUUGGCAAUGCUUUGUUCUUUCCCCAACGAGCCACCAAUCAAUAUCCUCAAAUUGCGAAACCCCUAUUCACGGAGUUCAGACAAGGAGCGAGAACCCGGAUUUUUAUGAGCUUAGCUUUUCCUUUCUUCGAGAAAAACGACAUCUUCCCAAAGGCCCGGAGGAUAAGAGUCCGAGAGGAUGCCGGAGUUCAGGAAGCCGAUCGACGACGGACAUUGGCUAAUGACUUGCAGCUAUGUGACAGAAAGCCAGAUACUGCGCGGAGUGGGAAUUCUGGGGAGAGGUUUGUGGUAUUUGGAUGGGGGGAGGUCCAUUUCUCCUCCCUCGGUGGUCUACUAUCUGGCUACGACCAGGGCGUUGUCUCGGGAGUACUCACGAUGGAGUUCUUUGGAGCUUUAUUCCCAAGAAUUUAUAUGGAUAGUAGUUUCAAAGGAUGGUUUGUGUCGACACUGCUGUUGGCUGCCUGGCUCGGUUCCUUAGCGAAUGGCCCUUUUGCGGACUAUAUUGGCAGGAGAUUGUCCAUAAUCGUCGCUGUUAUUGUAUUUUUGGUGGGUUCCAUCAUCCAAACCGGAGCAGUCAAUCUGGAAAUGCUCUAUAUUGAAGACAUGGACCUUGUUUUCGGGGACACGGCGGCGCAUGAGGAGCAGCAGCGUAUUGUGCAGAUUGAGGCGGCACUGCGCGGGACACCGCUCCCGGGCGCGGCGGCGUUGAAAGAGAGUCUGUUUAAUGAGGAGUGA